AUGUCCUCGAUUCUGAUGACUACGCCUGUUCCCAUUUCAACGUCAACUACACCAUCGCCAACUCAUUUAUUGUACUUUGGUGAUUCAGUCCAUUGGUCAUUUCAAGAAAAGCCUACGGAAAGUGCUGAAAAUGCAAAUGCCUUAUACGAAACAUCUGAAGAAUCAGAUAUUGCGGAAGAAGACUUGGCAGCAAAAUUUGCAGCAGAUUUAUGUGCUGAUGAUCGAGCUGAUGGCACAGUCAUAACUUAUGAUGAAGAUGAUAAGUAUACGAAAACAAAACGUCACGUUAACUUUGAUAGUACACCGGAAAUUCAGAGUUUUGAUUCAUUGAUCAAAGACGGCUUCUGGGCACCUGACUUAACGUUGAUAUAUUCACCAAAAUUCUCUGAUCAGGAUGUGAUAUUCGGUUUAGAUGCAGGAGCAGUACUUUAUGGACGAAAAGCAAGUAAUGUCAACCGACCGGAUAUGCUUAAUGUUUCAGCGUUUGGUGAUCAGAUGUUUGGCAUCAUCAUUAGUGAAUAUGUACCUAACACGUUUUUUGCUCAUGUUUACGAUGAACGUGUGCCAAUUAUACGUGAAACAUUACGUGCCCAGAAUUUACCAAGAUUCAUAAAGCCAGUAGCAAAGUUUCUCUGUGGUCGUUGUGAACUUCAGUUAAUAGCCAAUUUAACUAGAAGACCUUAUAUUACUAUCAACAAAAAUGGUGUUAAAAUGGAUAUUCAAGUUGAUUUGGCAAUUAGAUUCUUAGCUAAAACAAAACAGCAUGUUAUUGUAAAUGGAAAUGCAGCGUUAGAUAUUACAGUUCGACCUUAUCUGAAGCAUAGUAGGCUAUAUGGUGAUGUUGCUUUGACAAGCAUUGAUAUAAAAUUGAAGGAGAUGGGAAUUGGUGGAAUAUUUGCCAAUUCUGUGCGUAAAGCAUUUAAUGCAAUUAUACCCAAAAAACUUUGGCCAGCGAUUAAAAAACGCUUGCGAUUCGCAUUUAAUCAACGAGGUAUUCGAUUGCCUGUGAUGUGUGGAGUCGAAUUGGAGAAGCCAUCAUUGAGUUACAUCCAUCAUGCUAUAGUUAUCGAUACUGAUUUUAGCUAUGAUUUACAACGAUUUGUGCGAAAAUUUAAAUCGUAUAUUCAUGCAGAAGUGGCUCGAGCAAGGAAAAAAGAGUUGAUGGAAAACGAAGAAGAUUACUAA